AUGCUUCGUUCAGUUUUCAACACUUCCAAGAUCAACGGAGUGAAAACUUCUGGUCGUUUCUUCCAUACCACCAUCAAACCACAAACUUUCAACUUGCAAUUGGAAACCGAAAUUCGUGAUACCAUUGCCGCCCUUCCACCAGUGUCUAAGCUUUACAAGAAUGCUGACGGGACUUCUCGUGAUCCAAGCGACUCUGAAUUGAAACUUCUUAGUAAAUUGACCACUUUGACUACUGGCAGAAAGAUCUCUUUGUUCGAAGGGCUUACUCUCAAGAAAGAAUACGGGGAUUUGUACAUUGAAAACCAAGAGAAUUUGGAAUCUUUAGUUCCAUCAUACGAAAAUGGUGCCUCAGGCAAGAUUGUAGACAAAAUACCUUACGAAGACCCAUCCACUGGCGAAGUUAAAUGGCAAGUGGUUCGUGAAGAUGCCAAAGAAGGUUGGGAAAAGAUUAUGUACUUUGGAUUUGUUCCAUCCAUGUUUUUGAUGUUGGGGAUCAUUUUGUUCAAGCCAGAAGGUGGUAUUAGAGAAUGGGCCGACAAAGAAUUGCAAUUGAGAGCUCAAGAAGAACACUUCAAGGGUGACACACAAAAGGCCUGGGAUAGCUUGAGUGAUUCAGGUUUGAGUGCUGCCGAAAAGAAGAAGAGAGAUGAAGUUGUUGUGGAAAGAAUCUUGAGUGGUGAAUACGACAGAUUAGCUGGUUUGAAGAUAAAUGCCCAAAAGUUGCCAAUAGAAGAAGCUAAGCAAUAA